CGGGCCGGGGUCGGGGAAAGGCGAGUUCGCCAGCCGCCGCCGAGCGCACUCGCAGCUCCUGAAGUGUUGCCGCCUCGCGGUUCCUCGCUCUGCGCUCCUAGAAGGGGCGGCCGCCUCCAGGACUGACCAGGGCCAAGUGGCGUUCGGCGGGCACUACAUGGCGGAGGGCGAAGGAUACUUUGCUAUGGCCGACGAAGAGCUGGCCGGGGGCUCCUACAUACCCCUGGGCGGCGAAUUCAGCGGCGGCGGCGACGGCUUCAGCGAGCCCUGCUUGGACUAUUGCGAAAGCCCCACGGCGCACUGCAACGUGCUGAAUUGGGAGCAAGUGCAGCGACUGGACGGCAUCCUAAGCGAGACCAUCCCGAUCCACGGGCGCGGCAACUUCCCCACACUGGAGCUGCAGCCCAGCCUGAUCGUGAAGGUGGUGCGGCGGCGCCUGGCGGAGAAGCGCAUUGGCGUCCGCGGUGGCUCGGCCGCCAGCCACGUCCUGCACCAGGACAGCGGCCUGGGCUACAAGGACCUGGACCUCAUCUUCUGCGCCGACCUGCGCGGGGAAGAGGAGUUUCAGACUGUGAAGGACGUCGUGCUGGACUGCCUGUUGGACUUCUUACCUGAGGGGGUGAAUAAGGAGAAGAUCACACCGCUCACGCUCAAGGAAGCUUAUGUGCAGAAAAUGGUUAAGGUGUGCAAUGACUCUGACCGAUGGAGUCUUAUAUCCCUGUCAAACAACAGCGGCAAAAAUGUGGAACUGAAAUUUGUGGAUUCCCUCCGGAGGCAGUUUGAAUUCAGUGUAGAUUCUUUUCAAAUCAAAUUAGACUCUCUUCUCCUCUUCUAUGAUUGUUCAGAGAAUCCAAUGACUGAAACAUUUCACCCCACCAUCAUUGGCGAGAGUGUCUAUGGCGAUUUCCAUGAAGCCUUUGAUCACCUUUGCAACAAGAUUAUUGCCACCAGGAACCCAGAAGAAAUCAGAGGGGGAGGACUGCUUAAAUACUGCAACCUCUUAGUGAGGGGCUUUAGGCCUGCCUCAGAUGAGAUCAAGACCCUUCAGAGGUAUAUGUGUUCCAGGUUUUUCAUCGACUUUUCAGACAUUGGAGAACAGCAGAGAAAACUGGAGUCCUAUUUGCAGAACCACUUCGUGGGAUUGGAAGACCGCAAGUAUGACUAUCUCAUGACCCUUCACGGAGUGGUGAAUGAGAGUACAGUGUGCCUGAUGGGACAUGAAAGAAGACAGACUUUAAACCUUAUCACCAUGCUUGCUAUCCGGGUGCUAGCUGACCAAAAUGUCAUUCCUAAUGUGGCUAAUGUCACUUGCUAUUACCAACCAGCCCCGUAUGUAGCAGAUGCCAACUUCAGCAAUUACUACAUCGCACAGGUUCAGCCAGUGUUCACGUGCCAGCAGCAGACAUACUCUACUUGGCUACCCUGCAAUUAAAAAAUCAUUUUAAAAUGUCCUGUGGGGAAGCCAUUUCAGACAACAUAGGAAAAAAAAAAAAAGAGAGGAGGAAAAAAAUAAAAGAGUGACUCAGCCCUGAUUAGGGAUGUUUUGUACAAAGAUGAUAUGCUCCUGGUUUUAAGUGUGGCAAAGCUUAUGGAUCUUUUAAUAGGUAUGGGAGCAUGAUCUCCAACCAAUCCCUUGCCUGGCCCCUUCUAUAUCCUCUUACUCAGUUGGAUUCUUAUUCUGAAACAAAAGAGACCUGUCACUAAAAGCAACCAGGUUCUCCUAAGAUAACAAGGGAAAAAUAUGCUUGAUGACAAUAUGGGUUUGCAGUAUCUGCGCCCAUAGCUUUGCCAUAGGAGAAAAAAAAAAAGUGGAAAUUUCUUUUAAGAUGGAUUCAUAAAAGGGAAACUAUAGAGGAAAAAAGGUCUCACCAAACUUGUUUAUCAGCUUAAGAGUUAAGACAGUAACAAUACAGAAAGAAGGGGAACUCCAGCCCUGGGAUUAUUGUGUGAAGCUUGUAGCAAGUGCUUUCUGUGGAAUGAUCCUCUUGCGCUAACAGAAACGGCUUGCUCCAAAUGAACAGUAGUAGGUUGGUUCAGUUCUCAUAACAAACAGCAGAAUUUAAGAUGACACAAUCCAUUAAUUCCAGCUGCGUGCAUAGCUCACAUUUUUAAAACGUGAAAAUGCAAGCAAAAACAGCUGUAGCAAAGAAAGUAUGCUCAAGGACCAAAGAUUUAACAGAUAAAAUUACCCAAGUAGAAGAGAUAUAGUAGAAUAUAUAAAGAGUUAACUAUAUUUGUUACAUACCAAUAUACAUCAAAGUGCCUGUUGCCUUCUGAAAAUUUGAAGUGGAAAAAUUAUUUUAUGGUUUAUUGAUUAUUUUAUCAGGGACUCAAGAAGAAAAUAAACACAUAAGCUUGUGAAUGGUGGAGGAAAUGCCCUAUUUUUUCUUGGCAAAAACUUGUAUAAAGUUAACAUUGUUGGUGUGAUAUAGGUAUGUGUGUGUAUAUUAUGUGUAUGUAUACACAUGUGAUAUGUAUAUAUACACACAAUACAUUGACUAUGAUCUAGAAUAAUGUAUCAAAUAGGAAAUGUUUAAAUACUGUGCUUUUAUGUUUUAAUAGGAUGACAUGAAACAUGACAUGGGCAUAUUGCAAUGAUGAAUUAAAACCUACAUCUAAAAAUUUUAAAACAAAUGAAGGAGGGAAACUAAUAUAUUUGAUAGAAAGAGAAAGAUUAUACAUUUUUAGUGAGGUUUUUUUUUUUUUUUUUCCUUUUUUCUUGGUGAGCCAUAGAAUUCCACAAAUGGGAGAAUAUUCGUUUGGCAGAGCACUCUUUUUUAUAUUGAACUGCCAUUUUGACAGUCUGAACUUUUUUUGUUUGUUUGUUUUUUAAGUAAUCACAUGACUCCAUGGUGUUUAAUCUAGUGGAUCAUGGAUCAGUGAUAGGCUAUUUAAAUCCCUGACUGCUAAAAAGAAUUUCUGGUGAUCGGAACACUACUUAUUAGUAUUUAAAUAAAUUUUUUAAUGAAUGCAUUCUGCAUUUCUGGACCACUAGAAUUUAGUAAAUGUGAAAUGACCCUUUUUAAAGAGUAUUUGCACAAUUGCUUAAAAUUUAUAUAUGAGAUAUAUAUUAUAUAUAACAUUUUAUAAAUUCAUGUCAGUAUGAAACAUCUUCAAUCUGGUUGCCACACUGCAUUUAAAUAUUUAGUACUGUACUUUAAAUUAAAUCACUUCGCAUUAAACGAAAUCCAGUUCAUUUUCUUUUACAAGAGACCAGUUAUACUUUUGUGAAAUGAACUGGCAUUACUCUUUCAGUUCAGUGACAGCUAAUCCUAAAACCACCCCUUCUUCCAGCCUUUAAUUCCUCUAUACACUGGUCUCUGAAAAUGCAUUUGUUUAAAACAAAACUAAAAUAUAACAAUCUUCCCUUUGUUUUGUGAAACCUCCAUAUAAUGCCCACCAGUCCUAGUGGAUGACCGCUUACUAUGAUGAUUCCUCUGAAGACCUAAACAGAAGAUUUUGUCAUCAGUUAGAGGGACCAGGGCAGAAAAUAGUAUUGGCAGUGUGAUUUGUUUGUUUAUCUGAGUAUCCCUCAAAUGCUUAGUGCUAUGUUAAUUCAGGUUAUUCCAUUUGGACUACCUUUUGUGCAUCUGUCUUUGAAGCCUUAACAGGAACCUGAUGGGUUUGCUGUUGCAGCUUUCCUGUGAAUUCUGUCAGAGCUGCAACAGAACCUCACUGCCACUCACUGUCUUCUCGGGAACUUUUCCUGCUCCCACGUUGGCUCAGACUCCCUCACUCCAGCCCUGGGUUUGAAAAUUUAAUUGCAGAGUUCCAGGAAACAUUAUUCAAUUUGUAGUUAAGUCUGGCACUCACCUGUCAGAAGACAGAUCUCCACCUGCUUGGCUGUUUGGAAGUUUUCCAAAAGAAAACUAAGGGGAUGCUUGGGAACAAAAACAACUGGUGAUCUGCUUUCGUCUCAUCCUAACUCUUGACAAAUGAGUCAUCUUUGAUGUUAAGAGUCUGGAGGUCCCUGGCUCUGCCAUAGCAACAACCUACUGUUAGCUUACUACAUAGAUUUUUGUUUGGAGGAGCCUUAUUUGAAAAUACACUUGUCAUUUAUUUUCUCAAGUAUUUAUACUCUUACUUUAUUUUUUCUCUCUGCUUACUUCAGGGUUGGUAGCUUAGUUGGAAGUGCCAGCACCUGGCAUUCAUAUAGAACAGGCUGUACUCGAGACAUCUUUUAGCAUUUAUUUUAGGACCUAUAUAAUUUAUUUUCUAUUUUGUAUGUACUAUAGUCUUGUGCAUAUGUAGUUGAACUCACAGUGGAAUAUAUGUCUCUCUUUGUGGAUGUGUGGCCUAAAAGUUGGAGUGUCUGUUGAGAGAGAGCCAUGUGUAAAGGUGAGAGAAAAGAACAGCUCUCAACUCUUGAUUAGUGCCUGUGAUUUGUUUGCUUUUGUGUUUAUCUGGUCUAGAGUGCUGUUACAUUAAAACAGGUGGAAGUUCUAUCUUCCAGAGGCUAUUCUCACCUGUCCAGUCUGGCAUGUCAGAGAACACUUAGCCUGUGACUAUGGCCUUUUAAAAGUUUACUUUGUUUGCAGUAAAUCCAGCUGCCUCAAGAACUCCUACAGUUAAGCAGGACAUUUCCCUUCCACAAAUGGAACCAAGUAUCUGCUCACUUUGCAAUAGUGUGGAUUCUUUCAACAUGGCUCCAAAACAUGCAAAGGUGGAAGAGUAUUUGUAAUUCAAGCCAAGAAGGAAACGAAAUGAAACGUUUUUUUUUUUAACCAAACCUCUUUCUGUUUGCUUAUGUUGAUUGCUUUACUGUGCAUAAAGUUGUUUUCAGUGCAAUGCUUGUUAAAUAAAUAUUGUGAACUAUUUUGUAAAUGAAAUGUAUUAUGUUGAAAGCUGUCAGCAGUUCAAAAAUAAGCUUUUUUGUCGUUGAAGAUGAAGUGUGUUAGAUGAAACCCCAAAGCCAAAAAAAAUUCUUUUUCAUAUAUAGCGCCUAUUUGAAUAUAAUCUUUCUUUAAGAUGUCUUUUAGCGUAGCCUUUUCAGUGCUAAGAAAGAAUCUAUGUAAUGUUUUGUUAUAAUAAUGGCUUGCUAAAAAGUAAAUGGUAAAGUUCAAAGUCACAGGGUGUAGGUAACUUGGCGAGAUUUGCUGCGAAGCCUUACAGAACAGAGGAGGCUCUGCCCGCUGGCUGUCUCUCUCUCCAACUCUCUACAACCAUUGUCUGCUCUGAGGCGUCCUGUUGCAGCAAGCUGCUCCUGGACUCACUCUUUUGGAAUAUUUUUGACUAUAGACUGUGUCACAGGCAGAAAAGGAGUUGAUGGAACAUGAACUCUUAAAAACUGACAUGUCUGAAUCAGUGCUAGAGGGAACAGAUUGUGAAUUUUGUUUACAGCAUCCAAUAUUUGGAUUUUUUUUUUUUGUAAAUAAAAAGAAGUUAUUUUUUUCUAUUGA